UGCUAUCGUACGUCGCGUCUGCACUGCCCUUGUUUACCUGCAGGUUUUAGUCGUGAUAGAUAUGCCCAUGUAAUCUGAACUUUGAUUUUCUGGGUGUGUAGGUUUUACUUUUAUUCUAUUAUUACCCACAUUUACACACAUUUAGAAUAUGAGAAGUUAGUUAGUGGGAAUGGGUUUUGAUUUGUCUGUAUUUGGAGUACUCUAAGCGAACUAUGAGCUGCCAUAUCAGUUUGUAGAUUCUCAGAGAAGCUUACAGGGUCUGCUGGUUUGACUUGGAUGUUUCUUACUCUCUUAGCUAUGUGCAGUUUGGAGAGGCUUUGAGAUCAAUGAAAUUUAAGGAGUAAAGCACUUGUACCAAAUGAAGCUUGCUAUCAGCAUUACUUGACCAUGUUAGGGUGGAAUAAAUGAAGCUUGAAAGAGAAGUUGUCAUUGCUUGUCUCUUAAGCUUGAUCUGGAUUCGGCAAAGUCAUUGUGAUGAACUUUCUGAUACUUCUGGCAUAAACAAAUGGACGUGUAAAUGUUUUUCAUAUCAAGGAAACAGGAGCUAUGCUCUUAAAUCCAACUGUUCCACGUCCUGUGAUUGCAUUCCAGAUGCUGAAGGAAGUGGGACCAUGUGGACAUGUAAAUGCAUUGAUGGGUUCCCUAAAGUAGCUUCUUACAAUUUUGAUACUAACUGUUUUGCAGCCUGCAACUGCACUUCCGGAUCUCUCAGCACGGCACAAGACUCAAAAAAGCAUGUUUCAGGCAAAGUUGUUGUGAUUAUACUAUUACUAUGUGUUAUACUCACAACCUUUGCAUUUCUUGCCUCCGCUAUGUUCUAUUUCUAUCGAAGGGACAAGUGCCCUAUUCAGACACCGAUGUUCUCAUCAGAUAUAGAAACAAGUUGCAAUAGUGCUACCAACUUAAUAAGUCUUAGGACUUCUUCAGUGCUAGCAACCAAAGUUACUGCAGAUUUCCCUAUAAAUCCUUCAACAGGGUGUUUUCUGAAGGCUUCAUCCUUAAUUAGAAGCAAAAGAGGAAAUAUACAUGGAACCAUUAUCCAAUUUGCAUACUCUCAGUUGGAAAGUGCAACCGAAAAGUUCUCAGACUCUAAUCUUAUAGGAGUUGGAGGAAGCAGCUAUGUUUAUCGUGGUCAGCUAAAAAAUGGUAGAACUGUGGCAAUUAAGCGUCUAAGAUCUCAGCAAGGACCAGAUGCAGAGUUUCUGUUUUUAACAGAGAUUGAACUGUUAUCCAGACUUCACCAUUGUCAUGUGGUGCCUUUGCUUGGCUACUGCUUAGAAUCUCUAGGAAAAAAUGCUGAGAGGCUCCUGGUGUUUGAGCACAUGCCUAAUGGUAAUUUGAGAGAGAGUCUGGAUGGAAGUUCAGGGAAAGACAUGGACUGGGCUACUCGAGUUGCAAGUGCAAUUGGAGCUGCAAGGGGAUUGGAAUAUCUUCAUGAAGCAGCUGCUCCAAGGAUUCUGCAUAGUGAUGUCAAAUCAACAAAUAUUCUUCUGGAUGAUAAUUGGAAAGCAAAAAUAACUGAUCUUGGUAUGGCUAAGUGCUUAAGGGCUGAUGGUCUCCCCAGCUCUUCCAAUUCUCCAGCAAAAAUGCAGGGGACUUUUGGCUAUUUUGCACCAGAGUAUGCAAUUGUUGGAAAAGCCUCUCUCAAGUCAGAUGUUUUCAGUUUUGGGGUAGUUCUUCUUGAGCUUAUUAGUGGUCGGCAGCCCAUCUACAAAUCGACAAGCAAAGGAGAAGAAAGCCUUGUCAUUUGGGCUACUCCUCGAUUACAAGAUAGUGGACGAGUAGUUACAGAUUUGCCUGAUCCUUGCUUAAAUGGGAAUUUCCCAGAAGAAGAGAUGCAAAUAAUGGCUUAUCUAGCAAAGGAGUGCCUGUUAUUGGAUCCAGAUGAUCGACCAACCAUGAGUGAGGUUGUUCAAAUUCUCUCAACUAUUACACCUGAGAAGUCUAGAAGGAGGAACCUUCCUGUAUAUCUUUAUCAGAGGUCAUCUCCCCAUAGGAUGAAAAGUGAAUCAUACAUUCAGAGAUCUUACAGCCAAGUGGAGAAGAGGCCAGCCUCAUCCAGUAAAUGGUCAACUCGAUGCUCACUGCAGUUGUCAGGCCCUAUUGAUGCAGAGGAGAUAAGGCCAGCCCCAUUGAGUAAAGAAUCAAUUCUGUGUCCUCUGGCAGUAAAUUUUGAUGGUACUCCGCGUGUUGGAAAUAACGGUGAGGAAGCAGAUACUGUUUCGGCUGAAUAUAUAGAGAGAUUGAUCCUCUUGACUUCAAAUAGUAGGAGUCGGCAAGACUCGGACGACGAAAUGGUGGACUUAACUGAGCCACGGCUUGAAUCAUUCUGCCUGAGCAAUAUUAAGACCCCUUGACAAGAGUAGAUUGCUCAGAGAGGAUAUCAUAUUGCAAGCAAGCAGGGGUUUUUUUUCCCUUUAAAGAAGAUCAUAUCACAGGUGUUAGAUGAUCAUAUAAGUUUCUAUGUUGUAUUUAAUGCAUCUUAAUUGGUUUAUGUACAGAUGGAAGUAUAGAAAAUACAUGUUGUAUGAUUGGAGAUGGGUCAGAAGAAAAGGUGGUCGUUCUGUCACUUGAAUGAGCACAUAAAACAUAUGGUCCCGUAGAAAGUUAUUGCAUGACAAUAAUUUUGAUCUA